CUCUCAUACCUAGGUAACAUGCCAACAUCAAUAGCUCAACAACAUUAUCCACAGGCCCAGUAAACUCGUGAAGCAUCAAAACGUUCCUGAAAUUUAACCAGGACCACAUCUUCAGCUGCCAAGGUCGUUCACUUCCCCAAGUUGUCAAAGCUUGGAGCCGGCUCGUCGAUCCCCCGCAUCAGCUUUGGCUGACCCCGACAAUGAACCGAGGCUCGUCCCGCUGAUUCCCCUGUUACCCCAGGUUUUGUGGCUGCAAGGAUGCAAUCCAACUGGGAAUAGUGUCGAUUUGACACCUGCCCCGCUUCUCGGAUAUAUUGACGUCUCGGACGUAGAUGCUCUCUCUGUCUUGAACAGACCAAUCUGUACAGCUUCCCACCAUCAAUCAAACAUCACAAUGGGUAGCAUCGUCGAGAAAACCAGGGAUGGGACCAUCUACAAGGCUGCCACCAACGCGGUGCACCCUGAGCUUGACCUCUUGACGUUUCUCUUUGAUUCACCACACACCCUGGCCGAGAAAACUUCCAUCCUCCACGCCGACGCAGCAGAUCCAGACAACAACCAGAUAACCAAAUCUCAGCUACGCACCCUCGUCAAGUCAACAGCCUCCAUCCUCAGAAACGAGUACGGCAUCGGUGCCAACGGCCCCAACAAAGAUGUCGUCCUCGCCAUCUCCACGGGACACUACCUCCUCCCCUCUCUGUUCUACUCCACCAUCGCCGCCGGCGGCGUCUUCUCCGCCUCCAACCCCGGCUCAACCCCCAAGGAACUUGCCGCCCAGGUCAGCCAAGUAGGCGUCAAAGUCAUCCUCUGCAACGCAGACACCGAAGCCACCGCCGUAGCCGCUGCUAAACUCACCGGUCUUGACUCCCGCAACGUGGUGGUUUACUCCUCCCUCCCCGGCGGCUCUCUCGUCUUGACCCCAACCAGCUCUUCCACCCCCCUCACCUCAUCUGGCUCCCUCUCCUGGGCUAAAAUCACCUCCCGUCAUGUCCUCGACAGCUCAAUAAUUUGCCUCCUUUUUUCUUCAGGCACCACCGGCCCCCCAAAAGCGUGUAAACUAUCCCACACCAACAUGGUCGCCGAGGCAGCACUGGUCCUCUCCCCCAACCGGGACUUUUACACCCGCUUGAACUUGCCGCUGGUGUACCGAACAGUUGCCCACCUCCCUGCCGCGCAUAUUGCGGGAAUUCAAGGCUAUUUUGUCAACCCUUUCUACCUAGGGGGGACGGUGUACUGGAUGAGGGGAUUUGAUUUCCCCUUGUUUUUGACUUACAUGAAGAAGUAUCAAGUCACGCACUUCUUUUCUGUCCCCCCGGUUUUCUUGCUGAUUGCAAAGUCGCCGAUGGUGACAGAUCAGCUUGCCACGGUGGAGCAGGCUGUUUCUGGGGCGGCGCCGAUGGGGAGGGAGCUGCAAAUCGCGGCGAAGAAGAAGUUGGGAGGGGGCAGGUUGGGGAAGGGGAGGUUGGUGCAGACUUGGGGCUUGUCGGAGACGACGGGGAGUGUUACUGUUUUGAAUAUGGGGAGCGAGUUUGAGGAUGACGAGAGUGGGAGUGUUUCUGCUUUGGUUGCGGGGAUAGAGGCGAGGAUUGUGGAUGAUGAUGGGCGGGAUGUGGAGGUGGGGAAGGAGGGGGAGAUUUGGGUUAGGGGGCCGAUGAUUACGAAGGGGUAUUGGGAGAAUGAGGAGGCCAAUAGGGAGGGGUUUGCGGAUGGGGGGGUGGGGAGGGAGAGGUGGUUUAGGACGGGGGAUGUGGCUGUUUAUAGGGGAGGUUUGUUUUAUGUGGUGGAUAGGAAGAAGGAACUCAUCAAAUACAAGGGCAAUCAAGUCGCGCCUGCGGAGCUGGAGGCGCUGCUGAUCAGCCACCCCAAGAUUUUGGACGCGGCCGUGAUUGGGGUGGAUGAUGAGAAGGAGGGGACCGAGGUGCCGAGGGCAUAUGUGGUUGUGGGGGAUCAAAAAGGGAUUACGGGGCAGGAGAUCCAGGAGUGGGUUGCGAAGCAGGUUUCUAGUCAUAAGAAGUUGAGGGGAGGGGUUGUGUUUUUGGCGGCUGUUCCCAAGAGUCCGUCAGGGAAGAUUUUGAGGAAGGAUUUGAGAGCGUUGGCGAAGAAGCAGCAACACGGAGGGAGUAAGUUGUAGAUGAUUAGCCUCG